UGUAGAAAACCUAUUCCUAUUCCUAUUCCUAUUGCUAUACUAUUCGUAUAAAGAUUUAAUAUUAAAUUAUUGUCGAAGAAAUUUAUCGCGUAUUGCUGGAUUGAGACGGGAGAGAAAGGAGUUGAGUUAUAUACGUAUCAAAUCUAUGAUUUAGAGCGAAUUUUGAAUUAAAGCUAACGCGGGUUAGCAACAGUUUUCGACUAUACGCUUUGGAACGACAUUUAUUGAACAAUAUAUGAAUAUAUUCGUGUUUGUGUUGUGAUUGUCGCGUAUAGCUGUAAACAAUUGAAUCUGAGAACGAUAUUUUGCGUUGAUAUUGAGACAGUGUUUGCUAAAGAUGUCUGACAAGGAAGUUAAUAUAGAAUCUCACAGUGAUGAAAUGCCAGAAGCGCGUACAAGAGUUCCUACACCUAACGAUCAGGCGAGUGAUUUGAGGUAUAAAUCUGAGAAAAUAUACCAACUAGCGAAAAGUCGUGCGGGUUAUAUUGGCGUAAUUACGAAAGUUUAUAAAGAAAUUUUCGAUAUGUUUGCUUACAAUAAGUGUAAUGUGGGGGACAUUUCGUUGAAAUUAAAUAAGUUUGACCAAGCUUGGUGCAAAUUUGUCGGGGUACAUGAGAAAUAUCUCGUUUUAAUAGAGCAUGAGACUGAGAAAGAAAGUGCUUGUGUUAGCUACGAAGAGCAAAGAAAACGCAAAUUGAAUCUCGAUACCAUUGUAACAGAAUGGCGUCAGAAGGCGAAAAUAGAAUUGCAUGAUGAAACUGGAAGUGGAAGCGCUAAAUCUAAACAUUCCAAGUGCAUGAGAAGCGAGACCUGCAGUUCGAGGGCAACGUCGAUUGUAAGAAAAAGGAAAGAAAUGGCGCUAGCGCGUAUGAAGGUAGAGCAGUUGAAGAUUCGGCAACAAUUUGAGAUAUAGGAACAGGAAGUUAGGAGGAAAAGAGAAUUAGCAGAAGCAGAAAUGGAAGCUAAUAUGGCGGUGGUCUCCUAUGAAAUAUUCCAGGAAAACAAGGGUAGUAUCUCAGAGAGUAAGGAGCUAGGAAAAUACAUUUCACCGUAUGAUGUACAGGACACUAAUGAGCCCAUUGUAGGCCGUCACAUAAGGCUAAAAAUAUGCCUAGAAAGUGACUUUCGUUGCACACAUCGGGAGGCUAAUAAUUUCUUUCAUAAAGUAGUAGAGGAGCAUGCCAAAUGAAAUAAUAAAAAAGCCCCCCUUCAUAAGUGUGCACAACAACGAGAAAUCGACUGUAUUCUGGUGAUGACGUCAUCUAUAGUUCCGAAAGGUAAAAAUGUUCGAAUUUCGAAAAAUGUUUAAUGCCAUCAGAUUGAGGUGCAUAAUUAAACAAAAAAACUAUAUUACACUGAAAACGUUCAGUAAUUCGUUACUGAGAUAUCACGUUCCAAAGUUUUUUAAAAAUGCUGAGUCAGCAUUUUUGUUUCUCCAGUAAAGCUUAUAUUGAGAGACUGUAUGCAGGGAAAG